AUGGAGAAAUCAUCGUUAAAAGUGACAAUACUUCCAAUGGGAUGUAUCCUGCUCACAAUAAUAGUAGUAAUAAAUAUGAGCUUAAUGAACGCUCAAAUGUUCAGCAGUUAUCCGAAAUUGAUUCAGUCCUCGGUGUAUGGACAGUAUGAUCAUGCUGAAUCAGUUGGUGCUGAAAGCGUGCCUUUAGCAGCACCAUCAUUAGCUCGUGGUCGACAACAGCGUUUACCACAAUGCCUAAUCAUUGGUGUACGUAAAGGUGGCACAAGAGCUUUGCUAGACGCUCUUGCUGUGCAGCCUUAUAUUCGAGUUGCUCGACGAGAAAUACACUUUUUCAAUGACAACGAAACUUAUGUUAAAGGGUCAGAUUGGUAUCGUCGACAAAUGCCACAUACAUAUCCACAGCAGGUAACAAUCGAAAAGACGCCAGCUUAUUUCACUAAUAAGUACGCACCAGAAAGAGUCCAUAGGCUGAAUAGCUCCAUGAAGCUCAUACUGAUUCUUAGAGAUCCAGUAAUUCGUACCAUCAGCGAUUUUACUCAGGUACUGUAUACAAAGCACGAACGUAAUAAGACAAAACCAUUAUUUGAAGCUGAAGCAUUUCUCAACAACUCUUCAAAAAUUAAUAUUAAUUAUAAACCGGUGCGCAAUUCGCUCUAUUCUCUUCACAUGAGCCAGUGGUUGAAGUAUUUUCCACUUAAAAAUUUUCUAAUUUUAGACGGUGAUAAAUUCAUCGUUGAUCCAUUACCACAGUUGCAAAAAGUGGAGCGAUUUUUGAAUAUCCCAGAAUCGUUUGAGCCAAAUCAACUAGUUUACAAUAAUCUGAAAGGAUUUUAUUGUUUUCGACGAAAGGACCGUUACACAGCAAAAUGUUUGGGGAACACUAAAGGUCGUCCGCAUGUAAAUAUUGAACCAGAAAUUCAGUUAAAAUUGCGCAAUGGAUUUCGGCGUUACAAUGAAGAAUUCAUCAGAAUGGUUAAUCAGUGGUGGAUUUGGGAUAAGGAACCUUCGCUUUCUUAA